AUGGAAUGCAUCGUAGAGGACAUACCUGGUCCUUCUUCUGCAUAUCUUCCAGUUCGACAUGACGCCUCUAAACGCCAGAAGACGUGCAGAAAAACGAUGAAUCCGUCGAAGCUUCUGAGAAGAAAAAAGCAGCGUAAGGAAGCACGUUCUUCUAGUGUCAUUCCAGUCCAUAAAGACCCAUCUAUUUGCAAUGUAUGCAAAAAGAGGGACCCAGAGCUCGACCCCGACAUGCACGAGGAAGGGUUUGAUGCCCAGUUCACAGAAUGGCGGAGAAGCAAGGAAUGCCUCCAACCGGUACACUUCCUGUGUACAAACUUGCCGUGCCCCAGCUGUGGAGGAAAUUACGAGCAUUACGAACCUUCAGAAGAAUCCAAAAUUUCCGAGAGCUCCGAGUCUUCUGCGUCAUCCGGAGAAAAGACUGGUCCUGAGUUAUAUAACUGA